AUGUUGGAAGAAAAGAACCAACAGCCUGCAUGGAUGAAGAAAGAGAUAGAAAGAAAAGACCAAGAAAUCACAAGGACAAAGAUAGAAUUACAGACAACGUUGAGAGUAUUGGAGAAGGCCUCAGAUCGAGAGGUGGGAAAUCAACUGAGACUGCGACAGACUGAAAGGAUCAUCUCACAGAAGGAGCGAACCAUUGAAGAGCAAAAGAGAAUUAUUCAAAAGCAGGUCAUAUUGAUUCAUAAGCUGAAGGAUGAAAAGCAACUUCUCUCUGAUCAGAAGUUGUGCAAGAUUUGUUGUAGUGAAGAAAUUCGGGUGUUCCCCAUCCCAUGUGGUCACCUCACUUCCUGUCGGAACUGUGCAAGAAAUACUCACGAAUGUCCAGUGUGUAGAAAACGCAUUGAAAAACUUGAAUCUGCAUUUUUACCUUAG